AUUUCAAUUUGUAAAGUUGCGAGCGAAUGCGUCCGAGUCCCCUCGCCUAGCCUAUCGCAUUACAUGGACCAUCGGGGAAUCGGCAUGAUCAAGCAUGGCCUUAAGUAGUGCUUUGGGUGAUGACUAUGUACUGGGCACUAACAUAUGUAUGGAUCUUGCUGGCACCAAUUAUAGAUCUGGACGAACACCGAUCCCCGGGCGAAACAGACCGCUCACCUGACCAGGUAAUCCAUGGAUAUGAGGUUUUGUUGAAGCUGUGGUGGCCUGUUGCAGAGUUGUCGCCCCCCAACGAAUGCUCGAGAUCCGGAGGUUCCAUCAGUCGUCAGCUUCCCAGUUCGUUGGGAUCGCGGCCGGCCGGGGACGGGACGGGAAUUGGCGGCCCUUUGUUCCCAGUUUCGAUUCUGCCCAUGAUUCAUCCAUUACCUUAUACCAUUGUUCGUGUUCCCAUUUUCCUUUCCAAAAACUCGGUGCGGCCGAUGCGGACGAGUGCCCGCGAUUUGCCCGCAUUUUCCCUCGGACUUAGCGCGUUUCCCCGACAUCCCGAUCGAUAGUGUAGGUCCUCCACAGGCCAGCCCACAUUGUCUCGUUUUGAGCACCACCUUCCCCAGAUCUGAGGCGAUGACGUCUCAACAACUUUUCUGGCUCCGAAACUGGUUGUGAUUCGAUGGAAAAUUGUAGCUGCGGCCUAUGUAUUGUCUGAAAGA